AUGGCCGACUGCCAGGGCGCCACUACCAACACCUCAACCAAUCCCACCCACCCCAUCAACAAGCCGCUCUUCCUCAUAGCCGUAACCCUCAUCCAACUCGUCCAAUCAAUACCCCUCGGCGCCGGCAUCAACACCGGCCUCUUCAUCGCCGCUGCCCUCUCAGGCCCAUCCUCCUCCUCCUCCUCCUCCUCCCACACCUCCGCCUCGGGAGGAGCAUGGAUCACUGCCUCCUACCCCCUCACGCAGGGCACCUUCGUGCUCAUCGGCGGCCGACUGGGCGCCGUGUACGGACACAAAACGAUACUCGCCGCGGGCGCGCUCUGGUGGGUCGUCUGGGCACUCGCCGGAGGCUAUGCCACGGAUCUUGUGUCGAUGUGUCUGAUGAGGGGAUUGUGUGGGAUGGGAGGUGGGUUGAUGACGCCGAAUGUUGUGGCGCUCAUUGGGGUGAACUUCCCACCGGGAAGAGUCAGGAAUCUCGGCAUGGCUCUGUUUGGGGCCGCGGCGCCGGUUGGGGCGGCCGGUGGGAGCCUUGUUGCCGCUGUUGUGGUGCAGUUGGCCGGGUGGAGGUGGUUGUUUUUUAUGCUUGGUCUUCUUGGGGCGGUGGUCUAUGGAAUUGCUUUUGCUGUAGUUCCCGGGGAUGAGCCUGUCGAUGCAAACGGCAUUGUGGAUUACGCGGGCGCGUACUUCGGAGUUGGGGGCCUCACCUUGUUCAACUUUGUUUGGAACCAAGCGCCCGUCGUUGGUUGGGGCGAGCCGUAUCAGAUCGUCCUCCUACUUGUCUCAGUCCUCCACUUUGCCGCCUUCUGGUACUGGGAGACUAGGGUUGCGGGGGAGCCGAUCCUCCCCUUCAACAUCUGGAAGAGCCCUUCCUUCGGCAUUCUCAUGAUUACCAUCUUCUUCUCCUACAUGAGCCUGGGCAUCUUCUUCUGGUACAUGAACGUCUACAUGCAGACCAUCCGAGGGGACAGUCUGAUUCAAACCGGAGUCCAGUACCUGCCACUCACCAUCGUCGGAGCGAUCAAUUCGUUCUUCGCUGCCUGGCUGGUGCCCCGUGUCCGCUUGCAGCUCAUCAUCGGCACAGGCUGCUUCGCCAUGGUGGUCAUCAACGUGCUGCUCGCCACCAUCCCCGCCGACAUUACCUAUUGGGUCAUGGCAUUCCCCGCCAUGCUCGUCUCGGCUUUCACCAUCGACUUGAUCACCACCAGCGCGCAGAUCAUCGCGAGCAACACAGUGGCCAUGAAGCACCAGGGCGUUGCCGGCUCCCUCGUCGGCACUCUGCUUAGCUACGGCAUGAGCACCGGUCUUGGAUUCGCCGGCACCGUCGAGAUGCACACGUCUGAGCAUGGGGUCAACCUGCUGAGAGGUUACCAUUCGGCCGCUUACCUCGCCGUAGGCAUGUCCGGGUGUGCGCUGUUGCUGUGCUUCUUUAUUCAAAUUCCUAGAGACACAAUAGAGGGAUGGGUGGUUGAUGACAUGCCGGCGGCCGAGAGAAGGUAG